AUGCCACCAAGAGUAGAUAGCGUAGCACUACUCGAACGCACCAUGCAGAUGAUCAGGGAAACUCACACCAACUGGGACGAAGACCAAGUCUUGGAGCGUGCCUUCUCGCUAAUAAACCUCCAACCCAACACCAACCAAGCAGAGAAGAUCCCCAAGUCAGUGCUCAGCAUCAUCUCGCAAAUCGUCAAGCUCAACGAGAACAACUGGGCCAUCUGGGAGCCGAUGUUCAUGGACUGCAUCCGCCCAAUCAAGAACGCCAAGCAGAUCCUCACUGAGGAGAUUCCCAGUGGCCAUACCGACUAUGAUGAGGAACUAGACAGCCACUUGCUGGGUCUCAUCUUGUCCUCCUGUGACCACGGACCCACCAGCCGUAUCAACACCUACACCGUGCGGGAGCAAGGUGAGGAGGAGCAGCUCGGCUCUACACUCUACAAGAAGCUCAAAGCCGCUCUCACAAUAAACGACGAAGUUAAGCUCUCCGCCAUUCACGACUGGGUACAUGAAGUCAAGCUAGCCCAGCGCAACAUUGCCAACCUUGGUAAGGAGCUCGAUCAAAUCUGGAAUGACGCAGCCAGGCUCGGUAGCCGCAUGGACGAAAAGCUCAAGAAGUCUACCCUGUACCGCUGCGUCAAAGACGACUGGCUCUACACCCAGACAGUAGACUCCCUCAAAGCUGCUCAACCUGGUUGCAGCUAUGAGUAUGCCUAUCAUGCACUAGCUAAGAAGCACCAAGAAGCCGAGCUCUCAGGUCGUAUCCGAGCCACGGCCAGAGCCACAAGCAAUAGAAGUUCAACAGGCCAAGCUGGCAAGCAUAGGCAGGUUCUUAACCAAGAGGGCUACAAUAGGGGCAGGCGCGACCCCGCAAACCCUAAUGAACCGGCCAAGUGCUAUAGCAAGAACCUAUUGUCCAUCCCAGUGCUGAUUGAAAAUGGUGCACGUGUGAUAUUUGAAGAGUCUGGAGCUACUAUCCUCCAGCAUGAUGGGAGCAUGGUCAAGAGCAAGACCAACUGGCACAAGAAGAGAUGGGAGGUUUACGGUGACUCCCUAGCAGCACAGCUCAAUGAUCCCCUAGAGGGCAUUGAUGCUACCACAACACCAGCAAAACCAGCGAGCCACAUGAUGAGCAAGCUAUGGCACGAACGAUUCGGUCAUCCUGGCAGGAACAAAACCAAGCAAAUCCAGGCCCACUACUUAGGAAAAGAAACACAGCUUGGACAUGACGCAAGGGAUUGCAACUGUUGCAGCCAAGCAAAGCAAACACGCGCAAGAAUGACAAGUAGCAAAACAGAGCGAGCCCAGGCACCCCUGGAGCUGGUACACAUUGACUUGAUGAUGGACCUGAAAGGCCAUCCCAACUACCACCAUGCACUGGUAGUUGUAGAUGACUCGUCAUCCUAUGUAUAUGUGAAACCACUCCUCAGCAAGGCCGAAGCAUUCCCCGCCCUAAAGGCAUGGAUCAAGGCAGCAGAGAUAGCAACGGACCACAUGCUAAAGUGCAUCUGCAGCGACAACGGAACAGAGUGGUCCAGCUUUGGAGCAGAAGAAUGGAAACGAGAAGCAGGGUUCAAGUGGCAGAAAACCACACCUUAUGUCAGUGCCCAGAAUGGGAGAGCAGAGCGCAUGAUCAGAUCCCUUCAAGAAAAGAUGCGUGCAAUGCUUGUCCAGAGAUCGGUACCAAAGGAGCUGUGGCCCUACGCCAUCAUGGCUGCAGGGCACACACUGAACUUGACACCCUCUACCGAAGCAAAUAGGAUUCCAUACGAGGACUUCCACCGCAAGUCUGCGCAUGGCUUGGCCAAGCAGCUGCGUGUCUUUGGCUGCCUUGCUUGGGUCCACCUCCCCAAGAAGGAUCAUACAGGAAAGCACGGCGUAAGAGCAAUCCCAGGAAUCAUGGUCGGCUACGAUGACGAGCACAAGGGCUGGAAAUUCUUUACCCCCGGCCACACCCCAUCUAUAUGGUGGAGCAACUCAGCCACAUUCCAUGAAGCCAAAGGUUGGCAUGAUCGCCCCAGUGUGCAGAGCCCACUGCAGUUCGGCUUCGAGAGCCUCGAAGCAGAAGAUACUAGACCCGAGACAGAUAGCGACAAGCCCGAAUUGGAGGUGGAAGUACUCGACAUGGAGGACCCACUUCCCAAAAUACACACUGCACUGCACGCCGACCCUAUAGAUGACAACAGGUCGGAGCUCGAUGUUGAAGAGAUAAUUGGAGAAGCACACACAGCCACCCUGAACCUCACACCGACCUUAAAGGAAGCACUUGCCAGCGAUGAUGCACAACAAUGGCAGGAAGCCAUACGCAAGGAGCUGGACGGACUUGAGGCAAUGGGAACAUGGGAGAUUGUGGAUGUUCCACCAAACACUAGACUUGUCGACUCCAAAAUAGUCCUUCGGCUCAAAUUGGAUGCCGAUGGCAUACCAGUCCGGCACAAAGCGAGACUCGUCGCACGGGGCUUCACACAGCGGGAGGGUAUCGACUUCGAAGAAACCUUUGCGCCUGUGGCACCGCUCAGCGCAAUAAGAGCCCUGUUAUCUUUGGCAGUGGAGCGCAACUGGGAAGUCCAUCAGCUUGACAUCACAAUGGCUUACCUCAACUCCACGCUCAACCAUGUGAUCUACAUGAAACCACCAGAAGGUGCCAAAGUGCCGAAAGGGAAAGCCUACUGA